UUAACGCUGAUCUGGUGAAAGUGAAACCCUACAAAAGUGAAGUUGCUCCAGUGAUCUUCUCAACAGCGCUCUCCAGUGACUGAAACCCGAAACGACGAUCUGUGUGAUGAUCUUCUCUAGCGCUGCUCUGGUGACGAUCUUCUCAGUGGCGUUCUCCGAUGAAUCGAUGCUUUCAGUUUUUAGUUUCUUCUGGCUGUUCCUUGAGCUGUCUUUUUAGUUCAUUUUUUUCUGUUUUUGACUUUUUUUCUUCACUCUUGGUGAAAUUGAAGUUUUGGUUGUUGAUCUGUGAUGAACAGAAAUGGUGAUUCUCGAUUGAGGAGUUAGGGUUUUGACUGAGAGCGAUGGGGAGAGGAAGAUCGCGAUAAGGAGGAUCGACAAUUCCACGAGCAGGCAAGUGACGUUCUCGAAGCAAAGGAACGGUUUGUUGAAGAAGGCGAAGGAGCUUGCGAUUUUGUGCGAUGCUGAGGUUCGAGUUAUGAUCUCUUCCAUCACUAACUCUAUGAUUUCUCCGGUUCCAGUUGACUGCAUUGACUGUGCUACUAAUGCAUCAGUGGUUAGCGCUCUGAACGAAGGAAUUUUAGCUGCAACAGAAAUGGCAGGUCUUCAGAAAAAGCCUUGGGUUAUGAUCAAUGUCAAUGAUGAUAAAGAUCUUCAUAUUCGCAAAGCCGAAUUUGAUCCAGAAGACUGUCCAGCAAAUUGUUCUCGCCCUUGCAAAAUUGUGUGCCCUGCUAAUGCAAUAUCAUUCCUAGGGAAAUCAGCAUCUGGAACUUCAUUUAAUACGGAAUUACCCAAAGUGUUAAUGGAUGGAGUCAUAACAGAACGCUGCUAUGGUUGUGGCCGUUGCCUUCCGGUUUGCCCCUAUGACAAAAUAAUGGGUGCUAAUUUUCCAGAAAGUGCAGCCGGAGAGCAUCGAGUUCAAGAACAUCGAGAAAAUGAAGAGCAAGGCAUGCGUAAUAUUCUGAAUGACUAUAUUCUUAUCUACAGAAGAAUGGGGGUAGAGGCAGAGAAACUGCAUAUUAUUGAUAAGGAUUGCAUUGAAAAAGGAAUUGUAGAACUUAUCUGCAAGCAUAAUAUCAAGAAGCUUGUGAUGGGAGCAGCUUCUAAUAAGUACCAUUCUAGUUCAUUUGCAAAGGAUACCUUAUACACACAAGGCACAAGGGAUGCAGGUUUGAUUUGAACACUAUGCUUAAUAUUUACUGGUCUCAAAAAGCUUGUUUAAGGAUACCUUCCAGGCUACAUUUGCUGCUUCCAAGUUGAAUGAUUCAAGAUGGGAUUCAGAUUAUGAGAAAUUGUGGAAGCCUCCACCAAAUCAUGGCUUUCUGCCCUGUACUAAGCUUACUCCUAAUUAUACAAUGUGAGACUGUGUCUGAGCCAGGAAAUAAUCCUACCAGUGGGAAGGUACAUGAGUCAACCUUCCAAUUACAAAACCUUGCUUUUGAGGAAACCACUUUGAAGCAUCGUCCUUCCAAAAAAACUUCAUUGAAAAUUCAGUAUAAGUUAGACUUCGAGCAUAAGGAUAUGACAUGUUCGCCGCCACCCAUCCCAGAAACAUGGACUUAUGAGAUACUGCUUUUUCGAUGAUAUCAUUUACAUUAGAAGUUUCACUAUAAACGACAAGUUUCUCAUCCUCCAAAUAGAAUGGAAGUCUAAUCACAAAUGGUUCUUUCUCUUGGAUUUCGUAUCCAAAUAAACGACAGACUACCUCACAUGCCGAAGUGUACCUACAAUCGUAGUAAUUUCUAAUUUUGUCAACAACUUGUGUGGCUUCUGACGAAUCACCAGCAUUGUAUAGGGUAGCUGUUAUGCAAUCAUUGCCCUUGUGUACAUACUUAAGAUACUUAAUAGAAUUUGUUUGGCAUGUGUAUCUCACAUUUAUGUGGC